AUGACGCAGACGUCUGAAGGUAUUAAUAAAGACGAUGGCGGUGCCGUUCUCCAUCUCACUGUGCGUGGAAUGACGUGUUCGUCAUGUGUGCAUGCCAUAGAAACCACGCUGAUGAAGAGAGCGGGCAUUAAGUAUGCAUCUGUCGCCCUGGCAACAAGCAGCGCUAAAGUUGCCUAUGACGCUGAUGCCAUUGGACCUCGGGAUAUCGUUGAAAUUGUCGAGGAUGCGGGAUUCGAAGUGUCAGUUGCACCUGACGAUCCACAAAAUAAAAUUGCAAAUCUAGAUUAUGCAGAAGAGAUUAGAAAAUGGCGCACGUCAUUUUUGAUAUCACUGAUAUUUGGUAUUCCUACGAUAUCAGUAAACUUGGGAUUCUUCUUAUAUUACAAGAACCACCCAGAUGUAAAUAGAUGUUGUUUACUUCCCGGAGUUUCCAUAGAGAAUUUAUUGUUGUUUUUAUUGUGCACACCCGUUCAGUUCCUUGGUGGCCGUUAUUUCUAUGUGGGUGCAUUCAAAGCCCUCCGGCACAAAUCGGCUAACAUGGACGUCCUCAUUGCCAUGGCAACUACUGUAGCGUAUCUGUACUCCGUCGUCAUCGUUAUCAUCGCUAUGGUGAUUGAUGCUGAACAUGGGAUACACGUAAGCCCCAUGACAUUCUUCGACACACCUCCUAUGCUAAUUAUGUUUGUAAGUCUUGGCAAAUGGUUGGAGUACAAAGCAAAGGCAAAGACAUCCUCUGCAUUAGCACAGCUAAUCUCACUUCAAUGUAGCGAAGCCAUAUUGGUUCGAUUCGACGACGAAGGUCAUCCAAUCAGCGAAGAUGAAAUCAGCGUGGAAUUGUUGCACAAAGGAGACAUACUAAAAAUAUUUCCGGGAACUAAGAUUCCAGUGGACGGAGUAGUGUAUGAUGGGAUAUCAAUGGUCGACGAGUCCAUUAUAACUGGGGAGUCCAUGCCGGUCAAUAAGAAACAAGGUGAUCAUGUAGUUGGCGGAACCAUCAAUCAACACGGUAAUAUUCUCAUACAAGCAACUCGUGUUGGAUCUGACACUACAUUAUCGCAGAUUGUUAGACUGGUAGAAGAGGCACAGACAUCAAAGGCUCCAAUUCAACGCCUGGCUGACAAAAUAGCCGGAUAUUUUGUACCUAUAAUUAUUGUGUUAUCGGUGCUGACGUUGGUGAUACAUUUCAUCCUGGGUUAUAGUGGAUAUUUUGAGAAUUAUCUAAAUCACUGCACUAGCCAAACUGAAUUAAGCGAACACGCAGCAAUACUGCAACUUGCUUUCAGUUGUGCAAUCUCUGUAUUGUGUAUUGCGUGUCCCUGCGCUUUGGGUCUGGCCACACCCACAGCCGUCAUGGUUGGUACUGGUGUCGGAGCUGUAAAUGGGAUACUGAUCAAAGGCGGUGAACCAUUGGAAGUGACGCAAAAGGUUGACGUGGUUGUUUUUGAUAAAACAGGGACUAUCACGCAGGGGACUCCACGAGUUGUGACCAAUGCCCUCUUCGGCACCACUGGUUACACUGCUCAUAAAUUUCUUGCCAUUGCCGGUACCGCCGAAUCCCACAGUGAACAUCCAUAUGGAAUUGCCAUAACACGAUAUGCGAAAACGGUGUUACAAAGCGAACAACUUGGAAGAUGUAACCAUUUUGAAUCAGUGCCAGGAUAUGGACUGACAUGUAAAGUCAGUGGAAUAGAGGAAUUAUUGACAUCAGUUGUAAAAGAUGACAGUGGUUCAUUCAGCAAUGCAAUGCUCGUACUCUCGGAAGCUGUUGAUAAACUAACACCAGACACGAAGACUGUACAUACUGGGAAGCCUGUAGCAGUCAUUGAAUACAACGUUUUAAUCGGUAAACGUGAUUGGAUGAGGCAAAAUGGCCUGACUGUGACGUCAUCGAUGGAUUCUGCAAUGGCAGAACACGAAGAUAUGGGACGAACCGCAGUGUUAGUGGCCAUCAAUGGACAAUUAAUUGGGAUGAUAAUUGUUGCUGACACACUAAAAGAGGAAGCCCCAUUGGCUGUGCGGAUUUUACAUGGAAUGGACAUAGCUGUUAUAUUACUUACUGGUGACAAUGCAAAAACUGCCACAGCAAUUGCAAAGCAGUCUGGAAUCACCAAUGUAUGUGCCGAAGUACUUCCGUCAGAGAAAGUGAAUCGAAUUAAAGAACUCCAGGUUCAAGGUCACACGGUUGCCAUGGUUGGUGACGGAGUCAACGAUUCACCGGCUCUGGCACAGGCCGAUGUAGGCAUUGCAAUAGGAUCAGGGACUGACAUUGCGGUGGAGGCUGCUGACGUUGUACUUAUCAAGAACGAUCUACUUUAUGUUGUUGCGGCUAUUGAUUUAUCAAAGUGUACAGUUCGACGGAUUCGAAUUAAUUUUGGAUUUGCCAUUAUUUACAAUAUAAUAACUAUACCCAUUGCGGCAGGUAUACUUAUGCCGGUAUGUGUGAUGUUGGAGCCGUGGAUGGCUGCUGGUGUCAUGGCUGCUUCAUCUAUCUCGGUCAUCUGCUCUUCCCUUCUUCUCAAACUAUACAAAAAGCCAAAGCAUAACAAACUAGAUGUUGUACCCAGGAAUGGAUUGCCCGUGUCGUCCGAUUAUAGGGAACUGGAUUAUUUAGCAUCGAUUGGACCGAAAUACAGCGAGAAACAAUCCAAAUUAAGAAAACGAGGGUCAUCUGAAUAUGAACUGCUAUCACCAGAGGGCGUACCUCUAACUUGUGGAUCAGUGCCAUAG